AUGCAAUUUUCAAUAUUGUUAAACACUCUUAACGGCCAGAGAGUGCCGCACUCGGCGACCAUACCCACCGUAUGGUACGCGCCUGUUGCCGGGUAUAUCAUAAACAAUUUUGCCAAAUGUAUUGCAACCAAUUUAGGCAUUGAAAACACGCCAACCAAUGAUCACUUCAACACCAUUGACCAGUCAUUAGAGCGAGGGUUCAGUGAUCUAAAAAAUAACCUAGAUAAUUAUGAUUACGCCAUGCAAACUUAUGUACCGGAUUUUUUUGAAAUGAUCGCGAGCGACACAAAGUUUGACACAAAUUACCACGAUAGCCUAAAUUCGAGCUACAAUAACCGGUUGGCCGGAAUCAGUCAAACAAUUAUAGGGUUGGCAGCGACUAUGAGAACCUUGUUUGCCAGCGCACCAAACGCCCAGUCAGGCCACUAUUCCGAUGACCUAGCUCAGGUUAGCGCUCAGUAUGGCGGUGCUGUGGGCGAUCAUCCCAAUAUGGUUAACAAUGAUACACAGCUGGCUUAUCAGCGAUGCAAUCGAGCGUGGUAUCAAGAUUUACGCCAACCAAUGAUGGCAGCCGUAAACGCUCAGAUACUGACCCGCCAGAGCCCAGAUGGUCAGUUGCCCGCAAAAUAUCAAUAUUUACAAACAGCUAAAACAGCGCUGGAGUAUGCGUUUGGUCAACUAGAUCAGAUACUUUCGGUUUAUAAUUAA